GUAUUCAAGGUUGCGGUGAUCGGUGAUGAUCUCGAAGGGUUCGGGCAGCCCCUCGAGGAAGUGCCGCCAGUCCUCCAGUCCUCUCACGAUGGCCAGCAGUUCUCGGUCGUAGAUCUCGUAGUUUCGCUCUGCCUCCGUCAUGGAUUCCGACCGGAAUGCGACUGGGUGCCAGAGUCCGUCCUCGAGCUUCUGCAGAAGGACCCCUCCGGUGGCGUAUCCCGAGGCGUCUACCUCGACUCGCGUAGGGCGGUCUGGUUCCCAGGUCACCAGCACCGGCUCCGUGGUGAAGGCUUCUUUGAGGGUGUCAAACGCCGUUCGCUGCCGCAGUCCCCAUUCCCAGGUGACGUCCUUCUUGGUGAGGUCGUGGAGCGGUCGUGUGAUCUUAGCGAAGUCCUUGAUGAAGCGACGGUAGAAGUUGGCAAACCCGAUGAAUCCGCGGACCUCCCGUAG